GCUACUCAAGCUGGAUGGCACUGCUAUGCAACAGGUUGGGGAGAAACCAGAGGUUCCGGUCAUUCCGAUGUCUUGAAACAAAUGGAGCAAAUUAUUCAACCGAAAGAGAACUGCACUUUCAACGAACAAACUCAAAUUUGUGUUGCGAAGCAUCGAAACUCUCCUUGUCACGGUGACAGUGGAGGACCCCUGCAAUGUAGAUUGGGCGGAAAAUGGUUCGUUUUUGGAGCAGCUAGUUACGUCACUACAAGCAAUUUAAUGAAUGGUCUUUGUACUGGUCCAGGUGCAAUGACAGUUUAUGCUAACUCAGCCGACAAAGCAGAAUGGAUCAGAACUAUCAUCAAAAACUAUUCAUAA